AUGGAGGGGGGCAUUGAGGACCACCAGCACUUUGCCAGCUUGGAGGGCACGGUCAUGACCGAAAACAGCAGCCCGGGCAGCAGCUUGACCGGCCGCAACGGCUCCGCCGUGCGUGGCGGCGGCGGCGGCGGCAGCGGCGCCAGCAGCAGCGUUGCUCAGGGCCUGCGGUCGCUGAUCACCGCCCGCAGCUCCGCGCCCAGCGGGCGCCAGAGCGGCGGCGGCGGCGACGCGGACGUCAACGCCGGCGCGGGCGACGGGCCGCCGGCGUGGGAGCAAUCGAUGCAGCUGGCGCAGCUCACGGCGGCGCAGGUGCACGCCAACCUGUCGUUCACGACUCAUGUCAGUCACGAGAGCAGGACGAGCUCGGCCAGCCUGGUGGACGGCCUCGCUCUGGACGGCAUGGACGGCGCCAACCCUCCGACCUCGCCGUCUUCGCCGGCGGGCGCCACCCCCGGCUUUGCCGCGGCGCCGGCGAACCUUGCCGCCAGCGGGCGGGCCGCGAGCGCCGGGGACGCGCUGCCCGCGGGGCCGCCGGGCGACCAGCCGCCCCGGGACGCGGGCGGCGCGGGCAUGUCGCGCGGCGGGAGCGUGCGCUCCGCUUCGUCCCUUGGGACCGACGCCGCCGGCGGCGCGCUGCCGCCGCACCUCUCUGUCGCGCCGCGGUCGCAGACGCUCGCGCCCGGCAGCAGCCUUGGCUCGCGGCGCACAUCGCGGCGGGGGACGUCCCAGAGCAGGUUCUUCAACAUGCUUCUCGGGCCAGCCCAGGGCAGCGCGGCGGCGGCGCUGGAUGCGCGGCUUUUCUUCGGCCUGCGCGUGCGCAUGGGGGUUGCGAGCGGCGUGCUGCCUGCGGGCGCAGAGAUCAGGAACAGCAGCGUGUUUGACCUGGCAAAGGUUGUGUCUGACAUGGGCAACGGCGGGCAGGUCUUGAUGGACGCACACACGUUUGACCAGGUGAAGGAUAGGGUGCAGGAGCUUGGGGCUGUGGACCAUUAUGGCUACAACGACAGGCUGCUGAUUAGGAGGGAUCAAGGCGUCAAGGGCCUGCGCUCGGCUGCUUGCGGCGCCUUUGGCUGCUGCGCCAAGCAGGCUGACGAGGACGGCGCGUUUGGCUGCUGCGCCAGGCGUGCUGACGAGGACGGCGCGCUCGGGGCGGCGCAGGGCGGCCAGAUGGGCGGCACGGACCUCCUCAUUAUGGACAUGGGCGAGUUUGAAACCCCCGGCAUCAACGUAACCGCCGCGCUCGACGCCGACCCCGCGCCCACCUCCGCGACCUCGCCGCGGACGCCGAAGGGCGAUGCGGCCGCACGGACGCCCAAGGCUGCGGACGGCAAGGGCGGCAGGGGCGGGGACGACUUGUCCAAGCCGUCCCUGUCAGCGCCGUCCUUCACAGGCCGCGCCGCCGCGGAAGCAGCGCUGCGCCUGCUGCAGCCGUCCCAGUCAUCGCUGACGGGGCGCGGCGGCGGCCGGCCGGGGCGCGGCGCCGCGGCGCGCCCGGCGCGGCAGCUGCUGCGAGUGUAUUCGGUCCUGCCCGCGGGGCUGGCGCAGCGCGCCAAGGCGUGGGGGAGCCAGUUGAACGUGAAGGACGGCUGGCGCCAGACUGACAGGGGCUUCUUCGACGCGCCGGGCGCCGAGUUUGCAGAGGGGCUGGGCACCAGCCUGCCGGCGAUCGGCGGGUUGGAGCCGGAGCGGGACGUACCGCCCGUCACCAUGGUGUUCGCCGCCGUCGAGGGCGCCAAGUCGCUCCUGCGCUGGCGCCGCGCCGCCGAGGCCGCCGCGGUCGCGCCGCUGCUGCGCCGCGUGAUGGCCGCCGCGCUCGACGCGGUGCCCGGCGGCUACCUCUGCCGAGAGCAGGAGGGCGAGCUAAAGUACAUGCUCGCCUUCCCGAGCGCCGCCGCCGCGCUGGAGUGGUGCCUGCUGGUGCAAGAGGCUGCCAUGUACGCGCCCUGGCCGGCGUCGGUUUUGGAGACGCCGGAAUUCGCAGAGGUGCACGCGCCAGGAGACGGCGCGCUGCUGUUCCGCGGGCCGCGGCUGAAGAUGGGCGUGUGCGAGGGCGUGCCGCGGAGCAUCCUGUGCGACCACGUGGGGCGCGUCGAUUACCACGGGGCGAGCGUCAAUCAGGCGGCGAGGUAUAUGGACGCGGCGGCGCACGGCGGGCAGGUGGCGACAGAGGCAACCCUAGCUGAAGGGGUGUUCAGGGACUGGCGCGCCGGCGACUCGAGCGACGCGCGCCCCUACGGCCCCGGCGACGCCGGCCGCCCCGAGCACGCGCGCGACGCGGCGGCGGUAGCCCGCCUGCUGCGCGCGACGCCGCCGCUCGCGCUCGGCGCCGGCGGCGCCAGCGUCGCCAACUCCUCGGGUUCGAGCGCAGGGCCGGGCCCGCCCACGUCCGCGGCCGGCGCGCUUGGCCUUGGCGCGGGCGCCGGCGCGCCGGGCCUGGGGCUCGGCGCCCGCAGCAGCGGCGGCGGCGGCGACGCCGACGGCGAUACGGACGGGCGGCAGGUGCUGGGUUUAGUCACGCGGUACGCGAGCAUGACUGCGAUGCUGUCACGCCCCUCGGUCCGCUGGUCCGAGGACGAGGCCGGCGGCCGCGGGGCACGCAGCGCAGGCGGCGCAGGCGCUGGCGCCGCAGGCGGCAGCGGCGGGGGUGGCGGCGGCGCCGACGAAGACGAUGUUGCAGCGCGCGUCGCAGCGCGCACGUUCUCCGGCACGCAGCUGACCCGCGCGCGCCCGGGCCCCGACGGCCUCGUGCGCCCGGCCCCGAUCCUCAAGCACAGCGCGAUCCGGGGCGGCGUCGUCGGCGGGGGCGGGCCGCUGGUCGGCGGCGGGGCGCGCGCGCCGCUCGGGCGGCUGCGGUCGGGCAGCCUCUAUCCAGAGGAGCAGCCGUGGCCCGUCGGCUCCCGGCCGGCAUCCCAAUCCAGCGCCGCGCCGCCGGACCUGUCGUCGCUGCGGCAGCCCUCGCUGCGCGCUGCGCCGCGGCAGCUCUCCUGGACGGGCGCCGCGGCGGCGGGCGCGGGCGGGGGCGGGGGCGGCGGCUUGGAGCCGCACGGGCUUCCGCCACGGCCGGGGCCGGCGCAGCAGAAGCCGGCUGCACAAGACCCGCCUCCCGCGCCGCUGCGCGUGGUCAACCUCCGGUGCCUCCACCUGGGCACCUUCCGGUUCAAAGGAUCAGAUCCCGUCGACAUUGUGUGGGUCACCGCCGCCGCGCUCGCGGCGCGCGCCGCGCUGCUGCCGCGGGAGGAGCCGAAGGGGAAGGGGCGCCGCAUCGAGGAGCGCGUGGGCGUGGCGGACGCGGCGAUCACGUCGCUGGCAGACAUUCUGCCGGGGCUCAGGGAGAUGUAUCUAGAGGAGGCCGGCGCCGCGGCCGCCGGCGCAGGCCCGGGCGCCGACGCGGCGGCCGGCGGCGCUGGGGACGGCGAGAGCGCCGCGGCGUACGCGUCCUGGCUCUCGCGGGAGCUCGGGCGGCGGCGGCGGUUUGGCGGGACCAACGGAGGGCCGCUCGUGUACCAGCGCCCCCCUGGGGCGCCGGCGGGCGGGGGCGGGCCCGGCGGCGGCGGCGGCUUGGGGGCGCCGGGCCGCUAG